AUGGUAUCAAUAAGAUUUUUUGUUGUACCAUGUUUUUAUAUUGCCCCAAUUCUUUCAAAAUAUUUUUCUAUUCUCGCAAAAAUGCCUGGUACAAAAAAAAUUAAACCAAUAAAAAUGGUUUUAUUUGAUCAAAUAAUUUUUUCACCAGUUUUUUCAUCUUCUGUAAUAAUAUCAUUAAGAUUAACUGAAUGUUUUUCAAUAUCUGAAAGUAUUAAUUCAUGGAAAAAUGAAUUUUUGGAUAUUUAUAAAACAAGUUUAGCAUUUUGGCCAUUUGUUCAAUUGGCAAAUUUUUAUGUUGUUCCAGUACAUUUUAGAGUUUUUGUUACACAGGUUGCUGCAUUAAUUUGGAAUACUUAUUUAUCAUUUAAAUUAAAUAAAGAUGAAGAGGAACAUAUUGUUGAAUUUAAAAAAACUGCCAUUAAAAGUUAA